AUGCUCCGCGCCUGCCUUCCGAAGUUUACACGACAGGAACACCAGCCAAAGCAAAUACGGGGCCGCAACGACGAAGAACCAGGACGAGACCAAGCUCCUGCCCAGAACCCCACCAUCCCCACACAGGGAAGAGCAACCGCCAUCGCGCCCCAUGCACCUUCCCACCGCUACCGGAACAACGACUGCCAAUGCCGCCUCACGCCCGCCUUGUUGAUCGCGCUUGCUGUUGUUGCGACUGGCGCGGCCGCGCCUUCCGUCGUUUGA